GGAGGUACCCAUAGUACAGCUUGCUGUUUGCCCCGCCCGUUUGUGUGUCUCUCUCUCUUUGCUUCUUCACAUAUCCAGCAGCGGGAAGGGCUGCACGUUGUAAAAAUAUAUUAUAUAUAGAAAUCUUUAGCAACCAAGUAAUUUAUAUACCUGCGGACAAAUAGAAGAGACAGACACCUAUUUAAAACAUCCAGAAGAUUUGAGCUCGUGUUCAAAGUAAAAGGGGAAGGAUUUACACCUGAAGGAGAAAAGAAAAAAAACAUAAUUCACCCAGGGAACGAAAAGGGUGAAGAAACACCACCGGUGGGGGAAUUAAACGCUGGAGCUUCGUACACGGGGAAAUCAAACCGAAAGGAAAUCCGGUUUACCCUGGAGAAAAACAGACUUCAUCCCGCGGGAGGGAAAAGAGAAAAAAAAUCCAUAAUCUACCCAAGGGAGGAAAAUAAACGAGAAAUCGAGCAAGAGGAAAUUUACACCGUGGCACUGAGGGGACGACAUCAGCCGGAGGAAAAAAGAGCGAGCAGGAACUAGAGAACGAAAGGAGGGAGAGACUGAAGCAGCCGCCGCCUUACCUCACCUCCAUUUGUUACCUUCGCAAUACUGUUUUCGCUUUGAUUUCCUGGGACAAGGAGAAAGGAACAGCAUCCAGCGAGAGGAAGGCCGAAGAGUAUACUCGGUGUCGAGGGAUCUGUCAUCGACGACGGGGAACGGGCCCGCUCGAUUGACCGGCUACCGGGGCCCGAGAGCAGCUAGGCCGGCCACCCGAGAGCCGAGUCAAGCCACCUCGGGCGGGGCGAGGGCAGCGAAGCCGGAUCGGAUCUGGCGGAGGCCGAGCGGGAUUAUUACUUAAUUGACAUUUAAUUUGCCCCGGGUUUUUUUUUCCGCCCUCCAUCUUAUUCUUUGGGCGGACCCAGGGGCUCAGAGGCCCAGCGCUCGCUGCUGGUGUCUGGGCGACUGGAGGGUGGCUGGGGGACACAGUACUCGCUGCUCGCCGCUCUCCCGCAUCCACGCAGCCGCCCACGCCUCCCUCGGGGCUGGAGUGAGGCCCGGCGGUGACGGUCGGUCGGUCAGGGCCUGGCGGUAGAGAGGGGCCCGACAUCGUCGCUCGCCUGCCUGUGGAGCCGGCGCUGAAAGGUGGCUUUGCCGCGGGGGCCCGGCGGUUGCUGCUGGCCGCUCAUCUUGCGGUUGACCAUGGGCUGUUUGGGGAACAGUAAGACUGAGGACCAGAGGAACGAAGAGAAGGCGCAACGCGAAGCCAACAAGAAGAUCGAGAAGCAGCUGCAGAAAGACAAGCAGAUCUACCGGGCCACGCACCGUCUGCUGUUGCUGGGAGCUGGUGAAUCCGGUAAAAGCACCAUCGUCAAGCAGAUGCGAAUUUUACACGUCAAUGGAUUUCAUGCAGAUGAGAAAAAACGGAAAAUUCAAGAUAUAAAAAAUAAUAUUAAAGAAGCUAUAGAGACAAUAGUGGGCGCAAUGAAUACGUUGGUUCCACCAGUCCCAUUAGCCAAUCCUGAGAACCAAUUUCGAUUGGAGUACAUUCUAAACUUAACAAAUCAGAAAAACUUUGAAUUUACGCCGGAGUUCUAUGAACAUACAACCAUUCUCUGGCAGGAUGAAGGUGUGAAAGCAUGCUAUGAAAGGUCAAAUGAGUAUCAACUUAUUGACUGUGCACAUUACUUUCUAGAUAGGAUUGACAUAGUCAGACAAUGUGACUAUAUACCUCCAGACCAGGACCUUCUUCGAUGCAGAGUUUUGACAUCGGGAAUUUUUGAAACCAGGUUUCAAGUUGAAAAAGUAAACUUUCACAUGUUUGAUGUUGGAGGACAACGUGAUGAGCGCAGGAAAUGGAUUCAGUGCUUCAAUGAUGUCACUGCUAUCAUAUUUGUGGUGGCUAGCAGUAGCUACAACAUGGUUAUAAGAGAGGACAAUGAGACCAAUCGCCUCCAAGAAGCUCUCAAUCUGUUCAAAAGCAUCUGGAACAAUAGGUGGCUGCGGACCAUUUCUGUAAUUCUCUUCCUCAAUAAGCAGGAUUUGCUGGCAGAAAAAGUGCUAGCAGGAAAAUCUAAAAUAGAGGAUUACUUCCCCGAGUUUGCUCGCUACACUACGCCAGAUGACGCCUCGCCAGAACCUGAUGAAGACCCAAGAGUCACAAGGGCCAAGUACUUCAUAAGAGAUGAGUUCCUGAGAAUCAGCACAGCCAGCGGUGAUGGAAGGCAUUACUGCUACCCUCACUUCACGUGCGCAGUGGAUACUGAGAAUAUCCGCAGGGUGUUUAAUGACUGUCGGGACAUUAUUCAACGUAUGCACCUUCGUCAGUAUGAAUUAUUGUGAUGGGAAGCACUUAUCUCUGUGUCUUGGACUCUUUAUUUCUCAUUUGACGCCCACACAGGGUGGAAGAGAACUGGUGCAGUCUCUCUUCGAAUGCACCCAUCCACUUUUCUCCCUGCUGGACAACAGCAGCACUUUUUGCUUGCCUCUGUCCUCUGGACAGUGUGAGGUG